GACUUUCACUGUUGCUGUUCAGCGCGGGCACUUGGGCACAAAGCGGUUACAAUUAUGCGCGUCCCGAGAUCUCUAAUGUUGCCGGUGGCACCACUGGCAGCUCAAACGCCUUGCGUCCAUUAGUUCCUCUCGGCAGCAAUGCCAUUACUGCGCCUACAAACGCCGCAGUCGGCUAUCCCUCAACCGCUGGCAGCGCUUAUGGCGGCACAGUAGGCGCCGCUGCAUCUCCAUUUGGUGGCUUCGGCGCACAACCUACAGCACUCGGCGCAACCGGCCCAACCGGCUAUAGCGGCAACACAGGCGCCUCUACACUACCAGUGGGCACAGGAUUUAACGCAGCAAAGCGUCCCAUUUUAGGCGCUCAGCAGCGCGGUGGCAGCGCACAAUUUGGCGGCGGUCUGACGAAUCUGGCGGGCGGUCAGUCAGCCUACAGCAACGCAGCGCGCACUUCUGGACUCAAUGACGUAGACUAUAGUGGCGAAGGUGACUACUCUGCCAUACCGGGCGUGCCGGCUGUCGAUUAUCCAGUGUACGCGCAAGUGCCUCAAACCAAUUUCGAUUGUACGCAGCAACUGCCCGGCUAUUAUUCGGACGUUGAGGCGCAGUGUCAGGUCUUUCACAUUUGCGCGCUCAAUCGCACCUACUCGUUUCUCUGUCCGAAUGGCACCAUCUUCAGCCAGGAAACACUCGUUUGCGUGUGGUGGAAUCAAUUUGAAUGCGGCACCGCACCUGCGCUUUACGCCAACAACGCCUACAUCUACGAUUAUGGCAAUGAACAACGCAACACCGCUGGCGCAUACAGCAAUGCGGGAGCCACAGCUCAAUUGGGUGCGCGCCAACCGGCUAAUUAUCCAGGUGCCGCUAGUGGUAGUGGCUUGCGCGCUACAAGCGCUACGCUACCAGCAGGCGGCGGUGGCAUUUUUGGCGCGGGCAAUUUACGUUCAACCGCUUACGGCGCUGUGCCCAGCACAGCAACACCAGUGCCAUCGACCGCGGGCUAUAAUGCAGGCGCUGCCGCCAGUGCAGGUCGCUUCUCAGCCGCAGCACCUACCGGCGCUCAAGCCUUUAACAAUGCUGUUGCACCAAUUGCAUCAACCCAAGCUAGUUAUGGAUCCGGUGUUGGUGUUGGUGUCGGUGUGACCGGCGGCGCGGCCAAUUCCGGAGCGAAUAGCAAUCGUGAAUAUCUACCACCUUCGCAGCAGCAACGUCGGCCCUAA